UUCCCCUCCCACGUGCUCACACUGGCUAAAGUUCUGAAGCUCCAGUUCAUUGGGACUAUCCUUGCUAUAGGUAGCGACUACAGUUAGGGGGUACCUGGCAUCCGGGCCCGCACCCUACUUCCCAGCAGGGUGUCACGCUCCCCUGAAGACUGGCCGCUUCUCGACCCUGCUAGAUGAAGAAAAUCCAAGGAAAGCCUGAAGCACUAGCGGUGCUAGCCAGAUGUGUUUGCCCUCGGGGCCCGACCCAACCUCUUGGUCUGAAAGGCCCGCCGGCCCUGUUAUUGUUUGGCUCCACAUUUACAUUUCUGCCGCUUGCAGGAGCAUUUCCGGUUUCUUUUUUUCGGAGCAGAUCACUGCUUACCCGGCGACGGGGGAGUAGCAAAGGGGAGGAAAAUAUAUUCUAGGCCGGUUCUGUUGUUUGGGGAGGAAAACUGCUAUCCUCGACAUCUUAUUUUUCUGGAUUACUUGGUUAUUGCUUUUGCGAAGGAGGAGGUGUUUAUUUAAAAGAGUGCACCGAUAGGUCGUUUCUUCGUGCCGGAAAAGCAAAUUACCGAGUAUCCGGUUUUGGGAUAACUGUCAUGGAGGAUUCACAGUCGGAUAUGAGCAUCGAGCUCCCUCUGAGUCAGGAGACAUUUUCAUGCUUAUGGAAACUUCUUCCUCCAGAUGAUAUUCUGCCCACCACAGCGACAGGGUCACCUAAUCCCAUGGAAGAUCUGUUCCUGCCCCAGGAUGUUGCAGAGUUGUUAGAAGGCCCAGAGGAAGCCCUCCAAGUGUCAGCUCCUGCAGCACAGGAACCUGGAACUGAGGCCCCUGCACCCGUGGCCCCUGCUUCAGCUACACCGUGGCCUCUGUCAUCUUCCGUCCCUUCUCAAAAAACUUACCAAGGCAACUAUGGCUUCCACCUGGGCUUCCUGCAGUCAGGGACAGCCAAGUCUGUUAUGUGCACGUACUCAAUCUCCCUCAAUAAACUGUUCUGCCAGCUGGCGAAGACAUGCCCUGUGCAGUUGUGGGUCACCUCCACACCUCCACCUGGUACCCGUGUCCGUGCCAUGGCCAUCUACAAGAAGUCACAACACAUGACUGAGGUCGUGAGACGCUGCCCCCACCAUGAGCGUUGCUCUGAUGGUGAUGGCCUGGCUCCUCCCCAGCAUCUUAUCCGGGUGGAAGGAAAUCCGUAUGCUGAGUAUCUGGACGACAAGCAGACUUUUCGGCACAGCGUGGUGGUACCGUAUGAGCCACCUGAGGUCGGCUCCGACUAUACCACCAUCCACUACAAGUACAUGUGCAACAGCUCCUGCAUGGGGGGCAUGAACCGCCGGCCCAUCCUUACCAUCAUCACGCUGGAAGACUCCAGUGGGAACCUUCUGGGACGGGACAGCUUUGAGGUUCGUGUUUGUGCCUGUCCUGGGAGAGACCGUCGGACAGAGGAAGAAAAUUUCCGCAAAAAGGAAGAGCAUUGCCCGGAGCUGCCCCCGGGGAGUGCAAAGAGAGCACUGCCCACCAGCACAAGCUCCUCUCCCCAGCAAAAGAAAAAACCACUCGAUGGAGAAUAUUUCACCCUUAAGAUCCGUGGGCGUGAGCGCUUCGAGAUGUUCCGAGAGCUGAAUGAGGCCUUGGAAUUAAAGGAUGCCCAUGCUGCCGAGGAGUCAGGAGACAGCAGGGCUCACUCCAGCUACCCGAAGACCAAGAAGGGCCAGUCUACGUCCCGCCAUAAAAAACCAAUGAUCAAGAAAGUGGGGCCUGACUCAGACUGACAGCCUCUGCAUCCUGUGCCCAUCACCAGCCUCCCCUCCCCUCCUUUCUUGCCAUUUUAUGACUUUAGGGCUUGUUAUGAGAGCUGACAAGACAAUGCUAGUCCCUUCACUGCCUUUUUUUACCUUGUAGAUAGUACUCGGCCCCCUCUAUGCAAACUGGUUCCUGGCCCAGAUUGGGGAAUGGGUUGGUAGUUGCUGGGUCUCUGCUGGUCCAGCGAAAUCCUAUCCGGCCAGUUGUUGGACCUGGCACUUACAGUGAAAUUUCACCCCACCCCACCGCCUGUAAGAUUCUAUCUUGGGCCCUCAUACGAUCUGUAUCCUCCAGGACCCAUUUCCUCCACUCUGCAAAGCCUGUCUGCAUUUAUCCAUCCCCCACCCCUCCCCCUCUUUUUAUCCCUUUUUAUAUAUCAAUUUCUUAUUUUACAAUAAACUUUUGUUACCACUUGUA